GCGGAAUUUCAUAUCAUCAUCAUCAAAUCCAUCUGAAAAUUUAUAAACCAUUAACCUUAGAAUUAAUUAAUAUGAACAGCAGUUAUAAUGGGGAAUAUACACUAAUCAUUCAUAGCUCAAUGGGACACUAUUCGAGGAGUAUCAAUGUGUAUAUCGUUGUUCCCACAUCAUGUUUAUCAAGGUUUUCAACAACGUUUUCAACCGAUAUGCCUUCUACUAAAAACGGUUCCAUUGAGGCCCUCUCACCGACAAUCCAGCAAUCAAGUGUCUUUGCCUCUACAAAGGAGUUUUCGGCAACAUUACCAUCUUCAAGAUUUCCUACUAUACCUAAUAGUAGGGAGCACACAACCACAGCAGUUACUUCUCCAUCUUUACCUGAUCAAUGCAACCUGGAUUCUAAAUCAAAACUACACCGUCACGUUUGGCUGUUGAUUUGGACUGGUGGUGGGGUGUUUGUUCUAUUGCUACUUACAAUUAUUGCUUUAUUAAGUUAUAAAAACAGAAUCCUUACGAAGAGAGUUGAGGUCUUUGAAGGACUCCAAUUAAAAGAAAUGUCUUGAUGAACAGUGAUGAACAGUUGAUGAACAGUUGAUGAACAGUUCAGUUGAUGAACAGUUGAUGAACAGUUGAUGAACAGUUCUCCCCUGUGAUGAACAGUUGUUUUUUAUUUUGUUUGUUGUGACGUAGCGCGUGCGUUUCACGUGAUUCACACUUUGGGAUUAUUACAGAAGGGCGGUGUUGUUGUUUUAAAAUAAAAGAUUUCGGGUUGUUGUUGUUGAAUUAUGUAGUGUUUUUCUUUUGACGACUUCGUUGUAAAAAAAUAGCGAUUUUAUCAUGCAACGUGCAUGACAUGGCGCCCAACGUGGGGCGGCUUUAACGAAAUAAAGUCGCCCAUAUUCGUUUCUUACGAAAAUGUCGACUGAAGACAAGGAAAAAUUGGAAAGGCUUCGUGCUAGAAGAAAAGGACAUCGCGCAGUGUGUACAAAACUCGAGAAAGAGUCAGUUGAAUUGUUAUCACAGCCACCACAUGAGGACCUUGUAGAACGUAGCGAAAUCAUCGCACAACAACUCGAAAGGAAACUAAAAAUAUUAAGUGAACUCGACGAAGAAAUAUUGAACACGUGUGAUGUCAAUGAAAUACAAGGUGAAAUCGAGGACUCGGCCGAAAUUUCGGAUAGAGUUAUGAGUAUAAAACGAAAAAUCGAAAGGUAUAUUAAAUGCGCUAAGAAUGACAGGCUCGUUGAUACGAAUGUCAACGAUACCAUAUCGAACUCGAAUUUGACGAACAUGUCAAACCCUGGCCAAAACGAAAGUAUCGAGAAUUCUAACGAAAAUUUGGCAAAUGCGACGGAAAACUAUGGUUUAAUCGAAGGUUCAAGUAAUCAAGCGACGAUCGAAAUUGUAAACGAAGGAAAUGUAACGAGUGACAACACUACGACGACGGUUCAAUAUAAAUCAAAUAUGCCGAAGCUUCCUAAGCUGGAGCUUCCGAAAUAUGGUGGCAAGGUUACGGAGUGGAGUUCGUUUUGGGAUCUGUACGAUAGUGCGAUUCACAGUAAUCCAAACAUUUCGAAGGUAAACAAAUUCAACUAUCUGAAAUCGCUUCUCGAGGGAAACGCAGCGAGGGCCAUUAAAGGUCUAACAUUAACUAAUGCAAAUUACGACUCUGCUGUAAAAAUCUUGAACGAUCGCUUCGGGAAAACCCAGCAAACCAUAGCAGCUCACAUGGAUGAAAUUUUAAAGAUUCAAGCUUGUGCCAACGGUAGAACUAGCCAAGUAAGAUACAUAUACGAUAAAGUAAGCGUUCAUGUACGAGGAUUAUCGAGUUUCUUCUGAACAAUAUGGUAGUAUGCUUAUCCCGAUUAUCAUGACUAAAUUACCUAGUGACAUUCGUCUACAAAUUGCCCGAAAAUCGUCGGGAGACGUUUGGAAAAUUGAUGAGUUGUUGGAUACAAUAAAGACUGAGAUCGAGGCACGGGAGAUAAGUGAAGGAGUGCAAUCAAGUCCACAGCCACAGCAUGGAAAAUAUUCUGGAGGUCAGCACCAAACACCCAGAAUACCUACGGUGAACGCCUUUUCGACUCAAAAUACUUCAGGUAAACAUAUUCAAUGUGUUUAUUGUAAAGAGCCACACUUUUCGGCAUCGUGUGAUAGAGUAACUGAUGUGAAUGAUCGCAAGAGUAUAUUGAGGAGAGACAAUCGUUGUUUUGUAUGCCUGCGAAUCGGGCAUCUCAGUAAAAAUUGCGAGUCAAAGAAGAAAUGUAGACGUUGUCAUGGGGCUCAUCAUCUAUCGAUUUGUGAAGUGAUUAAGUCAAGUUUUACGCCUCCUCAACAAAAGAAUGCAAAUGAUCCCAAACUUUCCCCCACUGGAAACAACCCAACAGAAAGCAAGGAAGGAAACAACGUUCGCACAGCUACUAUGAUUGAUGGAGAUAAUUACUUAACGACGAAUAUGGCAAAAACGCAUAAUCAAGCUCUUCUGCAAACAGCUAUUACAUACGCCAAUGGUGGGAAUGGUUCCAUUCCUAUACCUGUUCGCGUGCUUUUGGACAGCGGUAGUCAGCGCACUUAUGUCACAAAUUCAUUAAAAACCCGGCUUGGACUAGCUCCCAUCAGAAAGGAGGUUGUUAACUUAAAUACCUUUGGCAACCAACAUUUCACAAAGCAAAAAUGCGACUUGGUUCAUUUGUCCCUGAAAGGAAAGAAUGGAAAUCGAAUCAUAACAGCUCUUUGCUUCCCAAAUAUUUGCUCUCCGUUAACAACAACAAUUGAUCUCAAUCAUUAUCCUCAUCUGAUGGAGUUGCAGCUUUCCGAUACCAAUAUCCUCUCUGGACGAAAGACGGACAGCAACAUUGACAUUCUAAUUGGAGCAGAUUAUUAUUUUGAUAUCAUGACAGGCGAGAUUAUAAGAAGUGAAGGUGGUCCUGUUGUGAUUAAUAGUGAAUUUGGCUGGAUUAUCACUGGACAGAUGAAUGAUGGUGAAGCUAAUUCGAAAUUUUCAAACGUUAAUUUAAUCAUCGAAGAUUACUCUUUUUCAAAGGAAUUUCCGCUUGACAAGAGAGAACUCAAAUUACAUGAAUGCUUGAAACGGUUUUGGGAGAUCGAAUCAAUGGGAAUCAAAGAAUCCAACGAAUCACAGGAUCAGGAGUUUCUGAAGAAUAUACAAUAUCUUGAGGAUGAAGGGAGAUAUGAAGUGAACUUACCUUGGAAGGGGGAAUAUAUUCCAAAAUCAGACUGUUACGGUAUGUGUUUGAAACGAUUACACCAGUUGAAAUCUCGUCUCGAUAAAGAUAAUCCCUUAUUGCAAGAAUACGAUACAAUUAUCAAAGAUCAAGUGAAAGGAGGAAUUAUUGACCCAGUUCUUGGUGCUCAUGAAACCGGUUAUUUCCUACCCCAUCAUGGCGUGCCGAGAAGAUAAGGAAACUACUAAAAGGAAGUUGAAGGCGGCCAUUGCAAUAAUUUUGACCCUGCUGAUAAGUGGAGUUGUGCUUUUUUUCCUCUUUCCAAGAACUCGUUCGCUGAAGCUUUUAUAUGUCCAUGAUUACAAUGCUUCUUUUUCAAAUUAUAGUGGUUAUAUGUUCAUUAAGGUAAAUCUAUUUUUUUUAUUUAUGAAAUGUUAAAAAGUUGAAACUUGCCUGCGGUCUGAAAAAAUCCUUUCCUGAAGAGCAACUAUUUUCCCUGCGUGUGUUAGUGCCUUCCCCUUUUUCAAAGUUGCUCUCACUACGAUCUUUAUUGAUAAUAUAUGGCACAGAAUUGUAAAAUUGCCUUUUGAUUUGGGCGUUGAUUAGUUAAAUGCUCAAAAAACAGUGUUUCUCUAGUAUCAUUUCCUUGCAGUUU